AUGGCUCCUACCAUCCUCAUCGCCGGCGCUACUGGCAAUACCGGACGAGGCGUCGUUGAAACCUUGUCGGAUCUUCUGAGAACCAACAUCACCCUUUCCGGCCACAGAAUCCUUGCUCUUACACGUUCCUCUGGCGGGGCUAUAGCUCAGAAGCUCGCGGCCUUGCCCAACGUCGAGAUCGCAGAAAAGAACUGGGUCGAUGUCACCGCGGACUGGCUGCGGCACAACAAUGUCGUGAGAGCAUUUAUUGCUUCGCACAACAACCCCAAUCAAUUUGCUGAAGAAUCGACAUUCCACCUGGCCGCCCUCAAAGCGGGCGUCGAGUAUGUCGUGCGAAUCUCAACAACCGCCGCGAACGUGCGUCCGGAUUGCCCUGCCUACUAUCCGAGGACGCACUGGGCUAUUGAAGCCAUGCUGAGCUCGCCGGAGUUCGAGCAUCUGCGAUGGACUUCGUUACAGCCGAAUGUCUUUUCGCAAUUCUAUCUUUCUCCUGCCGCCGAGCUGAUCAAAAACUUCUGCAAGACCGGGAAGCAGGAUACCCUGAGGCUGAUGGCUUCAGAGGAUGCGCCUGUAGGCAUCAUCGACUCGAAUGACGUCGGAGUUUUCGCAGCACACCUCUUGACCGCGGAUGAUGUUGCCCCUCACAACAAGGCUAAAUACGUAUUAAACGGACCGGAGGAUAUCACCGGGCGCCAAAUUGUUGCCCUGGUUGAGAAGCACAUUGGCACCAAAGUUGAGGAUGUUCGCUUCAAGGACCUAUCAUUCGUCGACCACAUGGCAGCCCAAGCUCAGGACUCCAAGAGUGUUGUUAUGUCGAUCAAGUUUGCCCUGGAAACAGCCUGGGAGGGAAAGUGCGGAGCUUCCACAAUGAGCAAGAAGGUCAUUCAGCUAGCUGCGCCGAAACGUAUACCUACUGAAGUUUUCAAGACAAUGCUGGAGGAGUAG